CCUUCCUGCCCUUCCAAAGCUGAGCUGUCGUGCCUGUUAGUGUAUAAAUCCGUCAUGCUGAGUUUAUGUAACUUAGGUAGGUACUUGGGUACUUAACCUCUAAUAAAGCGGAACCUCUACAAUACAUCUUCAUCUCAACCAUAACCAUACCAAGUCUACACCAGUCCAAAGCAACAACCUUUAACUUAUUUCCAAUUAGCUUUUCUUCCCUUUUUCGACCUCGAAUUGCGCCAACCUUAACCUAUUAUAUCCGACGAUCAAAGCACAGCUGAUAUAAUACGCCAUGUCUGGAGCUGCGGAUCGAGAGGCCGUCUUCCCGACGCGGCAGUCGUUGGGUAUUAUGAAGGCGAAGCUCAAAGGAGCUGAGACGGGGCACAGUUUACUGAAACGGAAGAGCGAGGCCCUUACCAAACGUUUCCGAGAAAUCACAAAACGAAUCGACGAAGCGAAGCGCAAGAUGGGUCGGGUCAUGCAGAUUGCGGCCUUCUCCCUAGCGGGGGUUACGUACGCUGUAGGAGGAGACAUCGGCUACCAAGUACAAGAAUCUGUCCGAUCGGCGCGCUUCCGACUGCGCACUAAACAAGACAACGUUUCCGGUGUCCUGUUACCCUCGUUCGAGAGCUACAUGACGGAGGGCAACAAUGACUUCGGCCUGACGGGUCUCGGCAAAGGUGGUCAGCAGGUGCAAAAGUGUAGAGAGACCUAUGCGCGCGCUGUAGAAACGCUGGUCGAACUCGCCAGUCUUCAGACCGCCUUCGUGAUUCUAGACGAAGUCAUCAAGGUCGUGAACCGAAGAGUGAAUGCCAUAGAACACGUUAUUAUCCCGAGGACAGAAAGGACCAUCAAGUACAUCAACUCGGAGCUCGACGAGCUAGACAGAGAGGAGUUUUACAGGUUGAAAAAGGUCGCCGGCAAGAAGCAACGCGAUACCGCCGCCUCGGAUGCCGAGAUGAAGGCCAAGAAAGAAGCCCAGGCCGAGGCCGACGCGGAAGGUGAACAGAAGGCUCAACGAAGUGACUCGGGACCAGCAGAUGUACUAACCCACGAGGACGACAAUGAUAUUAUCUUUUAGUCUAAGUUAUGAAGGGCAUGGUUUCAGGAAGAGCGAAUGGAGGGCUUGUUUGGACCUGAAUUGCAUCGUUUGUCGUGUUGUCGUUACAUAUUUGUAUUUCUUAUGAUACCAACAGGCUAAAUGACCUUGGGUUCCUGUCUCGUAGC